CUCAGGGUUUCUCAAUUGCAAAGGUAGUCCUCUCAGAGAAGGUGGAAGACACCCACAUGGGGCAACAUCCUCCAGCAAGCGCUAGAGCCCUGGGAUGGCCAGUGCCUGAUGGGUGGAAUGGACAGGAUGGGGCUCUGGGGGCGGCCACGGCUGCUGCUGCUGCUGCUGCUGCUGCUGCUCUGGGUCUCAGGACUCCGAGGCGAAGAUGAGGAACAAAUGUGCCUGCUGGAAGGCAGCAACCUGACCAUUUCCUGUUUGUACACCAGGCAGUACGCCUCCAGCCUGAAGGCCUGGCAGCGGGUGAGGAGCCGCGGGCCCCCAGAGACACUGGUGCGCACAGAUACCAGGGUCGCGGACCUGAACAUGGCCCAGGCCGGGAGAUACCUGCUGGAGGACGACCCAAACGAGGUCAUGUUCAGAGUCACCAUGAGGGAGCUCCAGAGGCAGGACGUGGGGCUCUAUCAGUGUGUGAUUGACCUCUCACCCCAGACCCCCGUUGUCCUGCCUCCUCGGAUUCGGCUGGUACCAUGUGAAGGCCUGCCGCCUGCCCUGGCCCUUUCCGAGCCGCAGGUGAUGGCUAUUGUUCUGACUUGUGGAUUCAUCCUGAACAAGGGCCUGGUGUUCUCAGUCCUGAUUGUCCUUCUCCGGAAAGCCAGGGCCUCAGGUGAGUGGGGGCCGAGGCCUGGCUUGGGGUGGAAAUGAAUGAGGGGACCCAGAUGCUGGCUGCAGACAAGAGCUCAGAGGUUCCCCACAGCGUGCCCCCUGGGUUUCCCCACUUCUUUGCCCAGGAGGCAGGUCCAGCCCCGGAAACCCUGUGAAUGGCGCUGGGCCGGGCUCACCAGGACAGGAAGACCUGGGGGUGGGAGCGGCCAGCAUGGUUUUGGCUGUUUGGCAAUCCAGUC